AUGGCUGACUCAACAGAAGAACGAAAGCAGUCUUCGCCUACACCCUUCCUCGUUCCUACACCAGAAAUUCCGGAAACACCAGAUGCGCAACCCCCCUCUAGUGAACUGACAUCAAUACUCUGCAACCCACAGCUUCUUCAGCAAAUUAGAGAUCAUAUCUUGAGCAAAGAAGAACGCCUCAGCGGACAUUCAAGAGCCACCAGAUCUUCAAGGCAAUCAAGAUUUUCAGGAGUUUCGGUCAAGGCAACGCUUGCUGCCGAGGCAGCUGCCUUGAAAGCGAGGCUUGAGUUUGCAGAUGUUGAAGGAAAACAGAGAGCAGAGGUCGAACGGCAACAAGCUGAACUCAAGAAAAUCCAAACUUUGACAGACCUGCAUGAAACCGAAGCAAGGUUAAAGGCCAUCGAGCAAGCAGAACGAGAAGAAUAUGCUGAAAUUGUGACUGAUGCCGUGAAGGAAACAGACAGCCAAACUUCACUAGUAGAAGAAUACAUCAAAUCCCUGCCUACCCCGAACGCUACUCAUGGAGCGGAUGAGUCUGCAGUAAAGUCAGUCUCACCAGUAGGAACACCGGAAAUUCCACAGCCAGACCAAGACUCUAGUACAUCACAGCAGCAGAUCAAAAACGAGUUGAGAACGCCCAGUCCACAGACUACGCUGCAAGAUCUCACAAAGACGUUUGCAGAGCAGAUAAACCUGAGUCGUCUACCGACGCCAGAGCCUGGUGUAUUUACUGGCGACCCCCUUAAGUAUCCAAGAUGGAAGCGUGCCUUCGAAAUACUCAUCGAACAAAGGGGCAUCCCACGCUCAGAGAGACUCCACUACCUACAAAAGUACCUGGGUGGAACUGUGAAGGAGUCCAUAGAGGGCUACUUCUUCCUCUCAACUGACGAUGCAUUUGACAAGGCAAAGGAGCUUCUUGAGAAGAGAUUUGGAGAUCCCUUUGUUGUUGCCAACGCUUUCCGCAACAAGCUGGAAUCAUGGCCCAAGAUCUCUCCUCGUGAUGGAACUGGGAUGCGAAAUCUUGCUGACUUCCUCGGUCAGUGCCAGGUGGCUAUGGAGACAAUUGGUAGCCUCCAGGUACUCGAUGACGAAAGAGAGAACAGAAAAGUACUUGUCAAGCUCCCUGACUGGUUGAUCAACAAAUGGGCUAGAAAGGCUGUGGAGUUCAAAGAAAAACAGAAGAAGUAUCCUCCAUUCAGCGACUUUGUAAAGUUCAUGCAACUGGAGGCCAAGAUUGCAUGCGACCCUGUGACUUCGAUACAAGGACUCAGGGGACAAGACAGACAAAACGACAAAGGUGAAAGGAAAAGAACCCCAGGAGGGAGUUCCUUUUCAACCAGUGCGAAUGAGGCAACAAAGAACAGCAACACAGGAAGGGGGAUCCAGAAUCAAAGGUCCUGCCUUCUCUGUAGCAAGAAUCACAACUUGGGCGAUUGCUGGGAAUUUCUGAAACAGCCAUUGGAAGAGCGCAAGACUUUUGCGAUGAAAAAGGGGCUUUGUUUCGGAUGUCUUAGCCAAGGGCAUAUGUCAAAGCACUGCAAACGGAGAGCCACGUGCAAAACCUGUGCAAAGUCUCAUCCGACAGCUCUUCAUGGAGACAUAAGAAAGACAGAGAAACCCACAGAAGGUGGAAGAAAUCCUCAGCAGAAUUCUGAGAAGCAGCAAACAUCUGUCAGCUCCCACACAGGUGUUAGUCAUCUUAGUGGAACGAGCAACUGCUGUAAAAGUUCGAUGAUCGUCCCAGUAUGGGUCUCACAUCGUGAUAAACCGGAGAAAGAGAGGCUGGUCUAUGCGCUCUUGGACACUCAGUCAGAUACGACAUUCAUUUUGGACAGCACAUACGAGGCAUUGGAUCUACAGGGUACCGAGGUCAAUUUACUGCUGUCCACCAUGUUUGCGGAGGAUCAGAAGGUAGCAAGCAGAAAGAUAGAUGGGCUGAUAGUGCGUGGGUUCGACAGCCAUCUAAAGAUUUCGCUACCAGCUGCAUACUCAAGGGAAAUAAUGCCAGCCAACCGUUCUCAUAUCCCGACCUCAGAGAUGGCCAGGAAGUGGCCACACUUGGAGAAGCUUGCUGAUUUGUUGAUGCCUUCGACUGACUGCGAAGUAGGCAUUCUCAUCGGCUAUAAUUGUCCGCGUGCCUUGGCACCUCGUGAUGUCGUUCCUCCUGUCAACAAUGGACCAUAUGGUCAAAGAACCGACCUUGGCUGGGGCAUCGUCGGUAUUGUAGACCCCAACCAGUGCGAAGUCGACGACUGUGAUCCUAUCGGUGUGAGUCACAGAAUUCUGAUCCAUGAAGUACCAUCGUUUUUGACAGUUGGUGAAAGUCCAAAGGGAUGUACAGAAGAGAAUGUUGAUAACAUUCAAUUCUCCUUCAGAAGUCGUGUAAAGGAGAUGGUCAGUCCCUACGAAGUUGCACAAAUGAUGGAACUAGACUUCUCCGAGCGAAAGUCAGACGAGAUUGCACUGUCUCAAGACGACCGUAAGUUCUUGACCAAGAUGGAGGAGGGUAUUCAUCAAAAAUGCGACGGUCACUUCGUUAUGCCGUUACCCUUCAAGGAAGCAGAACCUAACCUUCCAAACAACAAGAUUCAAGCUCUUCAGCGUCUCAAGCAGCUAAAGGGCCGGUUCAAGAAGAACCCGCAGUAUCACAGCGAGUACAAUGCCUUCAUGGAUAACAUCAUCAAGAGUGGCUAUGCUCAGAAGGUUCCUGAUUCCGAGCUUCAUGUCUCUGAUGACUGUGUAUGGUUCCGACAACAACCGAUCGCCUUUAUGUGCGAUAUAGAGCAAAUGUUCUACCAGUUCUAUGUGAUUCCAGAUCACCGGAAGUUCCUUCAAUUCUUGUGGUGGGAAAAGGGAGACCCUGAAGCUGAACCAAAGGAGUUCCAGAUGAAUGUCCAUCUGUUUGGUGCGGCAUCGUCCCCUGGGUGUGCGAACUUUGGUCUCAAACAAAUUGCGAACAGCUAUGAAGAAGAAUGUGGUUCUGCAGCUGCGAACUUUGAUAACGAACACCAAGGAUCUCUGUGGCAGAGGUGGUUUGCGAUUGCAUAA